GCGAACACGUGGUCAAAAUGAUUGGCUAUGCUGAAAGGCUUAAAACCCUGGAAUUUCCACUUCCACCUGGCCAUAUGAUGGACAUGUUGCUUUCUUCACUCCCCCCGUCUUACGACGGUUUUUUCAUGAACUACAACAUGACAGGGAUGGAGAAGACACCGGAAGAAGUGCUCGCCAUGCUGAAAACUACAGAAGGAGGACUGCGGAAAAAUCGCAAGCAAGUGUUGCUUGUGAAUAAAACCGCCAGUUUCAAAAAGAAGAAAGGCAAGCCAAAGAAGGGCAAGGGCACCGGUAAGACCGGCUCCCAAAGCAACUCUAAGGGCGGAGCCAAGAAUGAAACUGAGUGCUUCUACUGCAAGGGCACAGGACACUGGAAGAGAAACUGCAAGAAGUAUCUGGAAGAUAAGAAGACCGGGAAAACCGGAAAAGGGACUUCAGAAGGUGCGCAAGCUAGCAAAGAAUGAAGUCGUGAUGCGCGUCGGGAACGGCGCUGGGAUCGCCGCUCAAGCCGUCGGCAUUAUGCCUCUACGUCUCCCUUCAGGAUUUAUCUUAGAACUAAGUAACUGUUAUUUUGUUCCACUGUUGUGUAGAAACAUUAUCUCCGGAUCAUGUUUGGUACACGAUGGGUAUUCGUACAAGUCUGAGAACAAUGGUUGUUCACUUUAUUGUAAGGAUAUGUUUUAUGGAUUUGCACCCAUUGUUGGGGGCCUUUUCAUACUAAAUCUUGAAUGUGGAAAUGAUGUCUUUAACGUGAAUGCUAAACGCCUUAAGAAGGCUGAUACCACCACCACUUUCAUGUGGCACUGUCGCCUUGGCCACAUCGGUAAGAAACGCAUGCAAAGACUCCAUAAAGAUGGAGUUUUACCGUCCCUUGAUUUUGAAUCAUUUGACACAUGUGAAGCUUGCCUGAUGGGGAAAAUGACCAAGACGGCAUUCACGGGUCAUCCUGAACGGGCGGGUGAAUUAUUGGAAAUAAUACAUAGUGAUGUAUGUGGUCCAAUGAACACAGGCGCACGGGGUGGAUAUUUUUACUUCGUGACUUUUACUGAUGAUUUGAGUAGGUAUGGCUAUAUCUACUUAAUGAAGCAUAAAUCGGAAACCUUUGAAAAGUUCAAAGAAUUUCAGAAUGAGGUAGAAAAUCAUCGUAACAAAAAGAUUAAGUUUCUGCGGUCUGAUCGCGGAGGCGGAUAUCUUAGUCAUGA